CCUCCUUUCAUUCCGUGCUGCGCUGGGAGCCGGCAUCAUGGCCAGCUACGGCGUGGAGGAGCGUGGCUGCCUGAACAGCCUGGAGUACCGGCUGUUCUUCAAGAAUAAUAAAGGAGAAUACAUCUCUCCACUCCAUGACAUACCAAUGUAUGCAGAUGCUCACAAGAAUGUCUUCAACAUGGUUGUGGAAGUACCUCGGUGGACUAAUGCCAAGAUGGAGAUUGCAACCAAAGAUACUUUAAACCCAAUUAAGCAAGAUGUGAAGAAAGGAAAGCUACGUUAUGUUGCUAAUGUGUUUCCUCACAGGGGAUAUAUCUGGAAUUACGGUGCUAUUCCACAGACAUGGGAAGAUCCUGGACAUAAAGAUGAAAAUACUGGCUGUUGUGGAGAUAAUGAUCCAAUUGAUGUUUGUGAAAUUGGAAGCAAGAUAUGCAGCAGAGGAGCUGUAAUUCAAGUGAAAGUUCUUGGUACACUAGCAUUGAUUGAUGAAGGUGAGACAGACUGGAAAGUCAUUGCAAUCAAUGUUGAAGACCCGGAAGCUGCCAAUUAUGACACUAUUGAUGAUGUCAGGCGGCUUAAACCUGGAUACUUAGAAGCUACAGUGGACUGGUUUAGAAGAUACAAAGUACCUGAUGGGAAACCAGAAAACAAAUUUGCAUUCAAUGGAGAAUUUAAAGACAAGGACUUUGCAAUAGACAUCAUCAACAGUACUCAUGACUCUUGGAAAGCUCUAAUAAAUAAAAAGACAGAUGGGGAAGGACUCAACUGCACAAAUGCAACUUUAUCAGAGAGUCCUUUCCGUUGUGAUCAAACAACUGCUAGAGCUAUAGUGGAAGCGGCACCUGUUUGUGGACCUGCCGAUCCAAUACCGACUGAUGUUGACAAGUGGUUCUACUACGAGAAAAAAUGACUUGAAGCCAGACGUUGCAGUAGCAGCUGUCCUACUACCAGGGGGCCAUUUGUGCAGAACUAGAGGAUGAUGGAUAGUAGCAUUGUUAAAACUGAAGUUGUUCUGUAUGUGCCCAGCUUAUUAUGAUACAACAGAUGUUGCAUACUUAACAAUAAUGUAUCCAGGUCGUACAGAAUCAGAGCAGUAAUUUUGUAAAAUAUCAGUUUGACGGUCUUAAGUAUCAUGGCAUUCAUUGUGAACAAACCCGCCCCCCACCAUAUUUGUUUCUUACUCGAUAUGAGUAAAAGAAUUUAUUCUGAAACGUAAA